GGCAGCCAUUUUGCCAGUUCGGCUUUUCAAGCGAUUAAAUGCUUAACGUUUGUCAAUAAUUUUGCAACAUCUUUGUGAUUUGUGUGUUCUUAGGGAGCAGGACAUCUAGAGCUGAAAAUAAUGACUGACAAGGAAAGGGUGGAUGUCCUGGUCGAGUUUGAAUAUGAUGCCGAUGAAAAAGAUGAAUUGACCCUCCACCCUGGGGAUAUUAUCAGGAACGUGUUGCGGUCUGAUGGUGGCUGGUGGGAAGGAGAACUCAAUGGCAAGGUUGGAGUUUUCCCAGAUAACUUUGUCAAAGUCAUCGAACCAAAAGAAGAAAAUGUUCACAGAAAGGACACACUUCCACACCACAGAAAGGACGAGGCUCACGGGCACAAUAAAAAGGAGGAGGGUCACCAUAAAAAGGAGGACGCGCACAAGAAAGAUGGAAUGCAUGUGAAGGAGUUGAAAAACGUACUCUCUAAGCAAGUUGGCUCAGUCCAUGGACCUGGGCCUGCACAACCUGGUGUGACCAAAAGAAAUCGAGAUUCUGUGAUGAGGCGCAAGAAGUUUGCCAAGGUUGCAUACAGCUACACGCCAGAGAAUCAAGAUGAGCUACGCUUAGAGGUGGGAGAAGUAGUGGAGGUUAUAAAUGAGGAGGAGGAAGGUUGGUGGAAGGGCUCGUUGCGUGGCCAGCAGGGCCUGUUUCCAUCUAACUUUGUGGAGAUGAUUGCUGCGCCUGGUGAGGCUGAUGAAAAUGAGAAGAACGAGAAGAAAGAACAAAAUGAUGAUAAACCAGCGAAUGAAGUGACAGAAAUCAAAGGCAAGAAAGUCAAAGGUGUCGGUCUCGGCAACAUAUUCGGCAAUGAAGAAAUCAAACUGAGGUCGACUGUCAAGGACAAGACGUCCACACCGCACGACGAAACUCCACCACGGCCGAUUAAACCUAGAGUUAGUGUUAGGAUUCAAAAAGCUGGCAGCAUUAAGAAAGCCUCAAAAGUUCAGAAAGCCAAGGUCCUUUUUGGCUACCAAGCACUUAAUGAAGAUGAGUUAACACUCCAAGAAGGGGAGAUCAUCACUGUGCUAGAUCGAGAGAUCGAGGACAGUGGCUGGUGGCUUGGAGAGGUUCAUGGGAAGCGGGGUGUAUUCCCAGAUAAUUUCGUGGAGCUGCUGCCACUGGAAGAGACAAAGCCACGGAAGCCACCACCACCAACCCUGCCAGUGCCCUCGCCCACCUCUGGGGAAGCCAAGAAGAUCAACAAAGCGCUCUCGUCUGAACCAACGUCAGGUAGUUUAAAGAAAGAUGCUCAUGACCGCCCGGGACCACCUUUGCCUGGCAAGAAGCCUGAGCUGCCCCCACCAAUGAGGAAACCGAGUCAGCGUUCAGAUCAUGGGAAAGCUGUGAAGGUAGAGAAUGACCUCGAUGCCAUAGAAAGUCAUGAGAAUCUGAAGAGUUUGACAGCGUCGCGUCCAAAAAAUCCCAACAGACGGCCACCAUCCAUGGUGCUUCUUCAUAGUAAAGAAAAUGGGGAUACUGAAUCUGAAGAACUCUCUUGGAUGAAGGAUAAGUCUGCUUCGCUGGGCAACGACUCUAAAUCAAACAUCGAGGUGGAAAAUGCGAAAAAUCGUGAGAGUGUCGUGAAGCGGGGUACGGCAUUUCCAUCGCACCCCAAGGCAGAGCCUCGGCCCAGCUCGGUGAUCUCAAGUAGUGGAACAUACGAACGCCCAUUGACGAUCGUCAAUGUACCGCCGUCAUCAAACCAGCCGGACGUGGAUGACCUUCGAAGGGAACUCCAACAUUUGAAAGAGAACACUGUUAGCAAAGUGGCAUAUAGUGAAUUACACACAGAGGUGAAAUCAGUGCGAGAACAAUUAGACAAAAUGCGGCAAACAUUUGAUAAACGAUUAAAUGAAUUAAUGGACGAGUUGGACGAGGAGAAGAAGAUACGGUUAUCGACGCAGGUUGAGAUGGAGAGGAUUCGGAGGCUACAUAUGAGCGCUACCACAUGAUGUGUGGCGUCACAACCAUUAACCAUUCCAUGGCUUUCAACCUCAUGCUGGUACAUGAUGUCAGAGACAGACAAAAAGGGAUGUAGAAUCUAGAAGCGUAGCAAGGGAACAUUGUACAGUGAAAAAGGCCAUGAAGAGAAAAAGGGACCAGCCUGGAAUUGUCCAUUUCAGUAACAAACCAUAUCUUUAUUACACAUCUGGCAUAUCUUUAUGACACAUCUUGCUUCAGUAUUACGCCCUUUAUGUUAUCCCCAGUUGCAGAACAUCUCUAUUGGAGAAAUGCCAGUUUAUAAUAGGCAGACGGGUAGGACUGAGGCUAAUCAUUGGGGUCGCAAUAUGGGCCACUGGAUUCCAUUUGCUGCCUAUUUGAAGUCAAAUGUACAAAUCAAGGAUACAAAAUGAGGAAUUUUCAUUAUAGAAUAAAAUAGGAAUUCUCGCUCAGGAUUUUUCAGAUUUUUAAACAUUUUCGUGAUUGGUCAGUUUUUGUCUGGCUAUUGUCUCGCUAUUCAUGUACAAUUUUCUUGAGCAAAUUUAUCAUUUAUACCGGAUUAGCAGAUAUUUGUAUGUAUGUGUAGCUACUACCUGGUAAGGACAAUGUAACUCUGUGAUAUAUGUCUUUGUUUAUUACACUUAAAACCCACAAAUGACAUAAUCUUAGUGGUAAUCACCCAAUAAUAUUUUUUGCCAUUCCAGCGAUUUCCUGGUGUAAAUAAAUUCUUUGAACCAACUACUUGAUGAAUUGGCCAUAAUUGUCAUUUGCAUCGAUAUGUACAUGCACUUGAUUUAUGAUUUGCCUUUUGUAAACUUGGUCAAACAUGUACCUCGACCAAUGUGAGCUUUCCAUCUGUUUGUACCAUAUCACAAUUUCAUAUUCUUUCAAAACCAUUUUUGUGUAUUUUUUCAUAACAUGAAGCGUUCAGUUCUCCAAGUAAGCUGUUUCGCACAGUACCAUAUUCAUUUUUCAAUACCAAAUAAACCUAUAAGCCCAAUCAUAAAAAGCAUUUGCCAUGAACUGGUUCUUUUUGUAAGCAUUGUUGCAUUGGGAUCAAUCCCGAAUAGCUGAUUAUGGUCAUAUGUGACAGUAACAUAUGACACAGUAUUAGUCAAUUAAUGGAUUUCAAGGAUCUGCCAAGGCUGGUCAAAACAACUGCUCUUUCUAUGUCACUUUUGACCUCAAAACAGUCCAUUUGAUACAUUGGAUUUGUGAAGUUCAUUUGGCUGCUAUUAAACUGUAAGAUAAAAUAUUGUAAGAAAAAAUGUGUUGUAAGAAAAAAUUGUAGUGUGUGAUGAUGAAGAAUGUAGAAGAGUUCUUGUAAAUUUAGUUAGAAUUAUGAUUACAGUGGAACCUCUCUAUAAAGGACACCCUCAAGACUGACAAGUGCUGUCCUUAAUAGAGAGGUGUCCUGAUUAGAGAGGUCAAAUUGAAUAGAAACAACCAAUUUGGGAACAAACCUAGUGUCCUUAAUUGAGAGGUUUUCCUUAAUAGAGAGGUGUCCGCUAAGAGAGGUUCUGUACUUAGAAAAUACAUUUAUGUAUAAUCAAGUAAGCCUGCUAAUGCAUAUGUUCAGGUUUUCCUAAUGCUGAUUCUUAUCAGAAGAUCCUGCCAAGUCUUAGGUAUUAGGUUGGCCAAGUGUGCUGAUGGGCAUUUAGUUCUCAUCAAAUGAAACCAUCCAUGCUGUGCUCUGCGUGCAGUAUUCAAACUGAAAACACAAAUGAUACCAUCCAACAAUAAAAAAAUGCGGGUACUGCUUUAGUGAGUCACACUUUUAUUUGUGGGCAACGAUUUUCUUACUGAAUAUCUCUUCUUUAACGUUUGAAGUACUGAUAUCGCAACAUGAAUCCUAUUAGCACUGUUGAUACCUCAUAACAUCAUUUCCAAUGAAAUAUAUAAGAUGUAUCAUAUCAUAACACGCACAGGUCGCGCUGAAUUGACGAUAACAGGACCGCCAUGUUGUUACUUUGUCAAAUUUGUCACCUUCACUCUCGAUUUCCAACGCCCUCUUCAAAAGAGAAGCAUUGAUUUGGUGGUUCAGAUCAAUUCGUGUUGCUGACUUCCGUCACAAAAUGUGCUAUUAAAGAUUGUUGGAUAAUGACAUUUUUCCAAAAACUAUCUUUGGUAAGGGAAUCGCACUCUUAUCCUGAAGGUUUAUGCUUAUAAUGUCGAGAGUUCAUGUUAAAAACCAUGAUACACUUGUUGACUUUUCACUUGUUAUGUCAUGAAUAUCGUAUGUAAGUGUUUAUGUUUUGACCAGGUAUACAGUUCUAGUUUAUAAUGGCACACCAGUUUUCCAGUUUGCAAAGAUUGAAAAUUUAGAAAGAAAUUUCGAAUUCAAAAUGAUUAAACUGAUGUCCAAUAUGCAGCAGGCUGACCACCACCCUGUUGUAUGGGUGAUGUUAUGCCUUUAGAAUUCUUAAAGUGUUAGAACAGAAUGUAGAUAUUAAUUAUUGCAUGUUAAAUUCUAGGUAGAUUUUAUUAAUGUAUUGUAGAGCAUCAAAACCAAGAUUUCACAUUGAUUGAUGUGUUAAUUUGGCCUGAAGUGAGUCUGGGGAACGUUAUACUGUUUGCAGCGUUAGCUAUCUGGAGUUGACCUUCAGGUUUAGACCCUAUCUAAGCAGCUGGGCAAGAAACAAUGCCCUACUUAAAACCUUGACAUUUUCGCGAUGCUAACAGUUGGCAAAUUUGCUCGUUGUCAUAAGCGGUAGACGAAAUAGCAUGUUAGCUGUCAAAGUUUGAUGGUUGUGUAUGAUGGGUGAAAUUUUCUGGCUUUUUAUUAAGUUUGUGUCUGACUGUGCAUAUGCGAAAAUGAAACUCACAGAAAUUUCAAAACUUGUAAUAUAUACCGUAGAGUGUUUCAAACCAUAAAAUUUUGCUUCAACUUCAGGGAAUUGACAUUUUCAGCUUCUCCUGAUGUGUCUUUGUGUCACGUCUUAGUCCUGUGACUGGACCAGGCUUUUGGUACCAUAUGGAUGUUCGAAUUUGUCCAACACAACUUUCUCAAUUAACAGUCUUGAUAAUUGUUUGAACAAGACAUAAUAUCUAUGCUAAAGGAAUGUGGAGUUGGUGAAUUCAUUUAUACAUGUAAUUUGCCAUUUUUAAGGUCUUCCAAGAUACGCGUUGACCUGUCGAUACGUGUUGACCUGUCGAUAUGUGUUGACCUGUCGAUAUGUGUUGACCUGUUGGUACGUGUUGACCUGUUGGUACGUGUUGACCUGUUAGUACGUGUGGACCUGUUGGUACGUGUUGACCUGUCGGUACGAGUUGACCUGUUGGUAUGUGUUGACCUGUCGGUACGUGUUGACCUGUUGGUAUGUGUUGACCUGUUGAUACGUGUUGACCUGUUGAUACGUGUUGACCUGUUGAUACGUGUUGACCUGUUGAUGUGUGUUGACCUGUCGGUACGUGUUGACCUGUCGGUACGUGUUGACCUGUUGAUACGUGUUUACCUGUUGAUACGUGUUUACCUGUUGAUACGUGUUUACCUGUUGAUACGUGUUGACCUGUUGAUACGUGUUGACCUGUUGAUACGUGUUGACCUGUUGAUACGUGUUUACCUGUUGAUACGUGUUGACCUGUUGUCGUGUGAUUCAAAGUAGACCCUGCACUUUUGAGCAGGAAAUGUUAUUGUAGAUAUUCAUCCAAGCUUCUCAUCGUGAACUGAUUAUAACUAAAAUUCAGCCUCUGACUACUUAUGUUAAGGGCUAUUAUAUUUGUUAAUCAACUUCACAGACCCUUUAGCAGACUCUCAAGUGCUAUUCAAGCAUGAGUUUGCUAAGCUAUCAGUGUUGCUCCGUUUUAUCGACAUUCUCAUUGAAGAGAACUGUGUUGAAACUCUUGAUAUUAGGGUUAAUUUGGAGGAGUUUGGGUAUAAAUGUAAAUAUCAGUAUGUUUGGAAUUCAUACUUAUUGUCAUGUGGACGUCUAUUGUUAUCAUAAUAACUCUUUGUACUGUUUAUGAAUAAAUUAAGAAGACUAUUGAUAAUGAAA